AUGUCCAACGUGCUGAACACCAUUCUCGCCGUGGACAAGGAGCAGGAGCUGCUGCAGAGUUUUAUCCGCACAGGAGCAGCCGCCGAGGAAGAGUCUUUGGACGAGGCCAAUCGACGUUCCAAGGGACGCUCCCAUAAGACACCCAUCUGGGAGCGGCGUGACUCCACAGAGCGCGGUGGACGAGGUGGUGGCAAGCAGGGCGAUGAUGGCGCGGCAGGUGGUGGAGCUGGCGGAGAAGCUGGGGGCGGUGGCAAGCGUGGAAAUCGGAUUGAGGCCGAACUGAGGGCCGCCCGGAAGCGGAUCGAGGAACAGAUCGCCAAGAAGAAGAAGCCCAAGGAGAACUUCGUGGACUUUUACACGGACAAGGAUCGGGCUGCAGCCGUGAGCGCUGGAGCCUUCGAUAUUAAGCAGAGUCUGCAGAUCAAGCAAAAGCAGGACCGGAAUGAGGCGCUGCUUAUCCCGGAUGAGGCUGACAUUAGUUCAGUGAUUGCGCUAGGACUCAAGGAGAUCAAGAACGCCAAUCCGGAGAAUGCCAUACACUUCUUCUGCAAGGCUCUGGAGCUGAAUGGCACCGACAUCAACGCCCUGAUCUCGCGCAGCAAGUGCUACCUGCUGCUGGGCGAGGCAUCCAAGGCACUGCAGGAUGCGGAGACGGCUCUGGGCGAGGAGAAGAACAACAUAAGGGCCAUAUACCAGAAGGCCGAGUCCCUCUACUACUUGGGUCAGUUCGAGCAGAGCCUCAUGUUCUUCCAUCGUGGACUGCGUGCUCGUCCCGAGCUAGCGUCCUUCCGCCUGGGCGUACAGAAGACGCAGGAGGCCAUCGAGAACACCAUCGGCACCAAGCCGGGUCCAGCGCCAGGCGCUCCCACUCCUGGCGCCUCGGCACCGAAGAGUGGCAAGUCGCGCGGCAAGUCUGGAGAGGAGACAACGCCCAGGGUGCGACAGAAGCCAAGCCGAGCUGAUCUGGAGCGCCGCAAUGCCCGCAAGCUGCUGGGCGAACUGUGCGUGGACAAGGAGUAUCUGGAGAAGCUGCUGCUGCAUCCGGAUCUGGUGCGGGCCGACACCCAUACCGAGAGCAUUUCGGCCUAUGCCCGCGAGGCGGUGGAGUUUCUCAACAAGCGACAAGAAUUCUGGCGUCAGCAGCGUCCGUGCACAGCGUUGCCCAACCACAAGAACCUGCCCCAUGAUGCGAUGCCCAAGUGGUUCUAA